CCUCCCUCCCUCCUGUUCCGUCUCUCUCAAAAAACAAAGAUCCCUCUCUUCCUGCGCAGACUGCAAGAACUGAACGCCGAAUCGGAUAAUCGCAUAUCACUCUCUCUUCAUGAAGACUGUAUGUAAACCUUGAUAUCCAUCCAAUCCAUCGAUCUCUCCAAUCAUUAUUAUUAUUCCUUCUCCUCGUGUGUUUAUUCGCACAUGGAGGAUAUUUUUCAUGGAUUCAUUCACCUAGUUAACAAGCCAACAAUCAUCGAAACAUUUGUCGACAUUUUGCUAUGCGCCGUUCCAAUUUGGCUCGCUGUCAUGAUCGGUCUCCUCAUAGGCUGGUCAUGGCGUCCUCGAUGGACAGGACUUGUUUAUCUAGGGUUCCGUUCCAAACUCCGUUUCGUUUGGACGGCACCGCCUGGUUUUGGCGCCAGGAGACUCUGGCUCGCAUUUACUGCUCUUUCAGCAUUCUCUGUUGCCAGGACCCUAUGGUCUAGGUUUAAUAAGAAAGAAAUGAUGGAUUCGCUCACACCGUUGACGGUUGGAUCUGGAGCUGUUUCGCCGACGGCCAAUUCGUCUUCUUCAUCACUUGCGUCGUUUGAGGGAACGGACGAUGAUAGCAAGAUCUACUCUGAAAUAUCUUCGAUAGAGGAUGCUGUUACAUCAAAGGAUGUGGAACACCUUAUGCACCUGCUUGAUGGCAAGGAUGGAGAAACUGCUUGGCAAAGUAUCAUGAAACAUUCCACCUCAAACCUGGCUUAUCAAGCAUGGCGCCAUGAGUCCGAGACUGGCCCCAUUAUCUACCGGAGCAGAACUGUAUUCGAAGAUGCAACCCCAGAGAUGGUUAGAGAUUUCUUCUGGGAUGAUGAGUUUCGACCCAAAUGGGAUCCUAUGCUAGCAUACUUCAAGAUAUUAGAAGAAUGCCCUCGUACAGGGGCAAUGAUCGUUCAUUGGAUUAAAAAGUUCCCCUUUUUCUGCAGUGAUCGGGAAUAUAUCAUUGCUCGAAGAUUAUGGGAAUCUGAAAGAACCUACUAUUGUGUAUCAAAGGGAGUACCCUAUCUGCCUUUACAGAAGUGUAACAAACCCAGAAGAGUAGAUCUCUAUUUCUCGGGAUGGGUGAUUAAGUCUGUGCCAUCCCGAAAAGGAGAGGGACAAUUAUCUGCCUGUGAGGUUAGUUUAGUACACUACGAGGACAUGGGGAUCCCAAAGGACGUGGCUAAGUUGGGUGUUCGCCAUGGAAUGUGGGGAACAGUGAAGAAGAUGCACGCGAGCUUUAGGUCAUAUCAGAAUCUCCGAAAACCAGGCGCCCCUCUUUCCAGAUACGCAGUUUUAGCCAGUAUCGGAACUAAUAUUGCCUCACAAGGAGAAAGCACAUUUUUUUCUUCUGCACAAACUUCCAUUAUUGGGCAAGCAACAGAAGAGAGGGGUGGGCAUGAGCAGCAGCAAAAGAGAGACGGAGGGGAUGGUGGGGGUGGCGGCAUCGAUUGGAGAUGGGCAGUUGCUGGCGGGACUGUAGCACUUUUUUGUGGACUUAAAAUGGGAGUUCUAGGGAAGGCGUUGAUGAUUGGAGCAGGACAGAGGAUUGCUCGUAAUAAGUAAGAAUCAAUCGGAAAAAGUAAGAAUCUCCAUUAUGAUUGAUUUUUGUAUACAUAUAUGAUCGAUCCAUGAUGAUACGAUUGUUUGUAACGUAUAGUUGUUCGCCGCAAACUAAACUAGGCCAGACCGGACCAUUGAGAUGGUAAAUAUCGUUUACCCUGAAUAAGUAUUAUGGUAAAUUCUUUUGAGAAAGAUCUUAUUACAAAAAUAUAGCCACGGAUUUUAUAGUGAUGGCUGAUGGUUUUCCUAAAUGGAUUUAUUGAUACAAUUUGGAUUUUUAGUAAAUAUUUACUAUAUAAAU